CCUUAUGUCUGGGAUGGAUUUUCCAUGAGAUUUAAAGUUUAGGAGUGAACCACUUUUACCUAGUCUUUUGUAGACGUUUGUUAGAUAUAUUCCCAAUUUUCGUUUGCACGCGUUUUAUAUGUUUCAAGGGAGAGAACCGAAAACUGAAACCGCGCCAAAUACGUACAGUAAUGUCAACUCUAGGCGAAAGUGAAUCUGGUGAUGGCGGCAAAGUCCGCGAAGGCAGUGGUGAUUUUCAGGAAGGUGAGAAUAAAGAGGAGAGUGCACAUCCAGAGGAAUGUACUGAGACAGCAAAAUCUAACCCCGCAAGCCCUGGAAAUUCUCAUCAGAGUUUGUCAGAAGUAACUGAAAAUUCAGAAAGAAAUGAUGCUGACAAAGACGAUGAUCUGGAAAUCAUUGAUGAAAAUUCUGUCCAAAGCGAUGAUGAAACUUUAAGAGAAGCAAAAGGUGAAUGUACACCUUUACCAGGAUCAGGAGAGCUGGAUGAAACUUCUCAGAGCUCUGCAAUGUCUGGAAGUGCUGAAGGAGGUCAAAUGUCUGGAAAUUCGGAGAUGGAUGAAACUUCUCAAAAUGCAGAUGUGGUGCAAACAUCUUCAAAUGCUGAAGAAGAUGAAAGGUCUCAAAACGUUGAAGAGGAUGAAACAUCUCAGAAUGCUGAAGCAGAUGAGACAUCUCUAGACGCUGACAUAGAUGAGACAUCCCAAACUGCUGAUGCCGAUGAAACAUCCAGAAAUGCUGAUGCUGAUGAAACAUCUAGAAAUGAUGAUGCUGAUGAAACAUCCAGAAAUACUGACGCUGAUGAAACGUCGAGAAAUGCUAACACUGAUGGAUCAUCUGAAGGUGUUGCCGAAGUGGAUGAAAUGUCUCCAAAUGCUGUAGCAGAUGAAAACUCAAAAGGCUAUGAAACUUGCCAACCAGCAGAAAUAGCAGAUGAAAUCUCCAUGGAUGAUGAAUCUACUCAUUUGCCAUCCAAUCAGGAGGAGCCUGCGAAAUCAAAAGAAGAUGCAGUAGAUGAUAAUGAGAAUGCACAUGAUGAGGAAGAGGAUAUGGAAGAUAACUCUGAAGAAAAAGGGUCUCAGUCACUUAGUCAAGUGGAGGAGGACAAGUUAUUGGCAGUGGAGACUGGCGAUGAAAACAGCUUAGAUUUCAAAACAGGAGAAGAAAACUCCAAACUCUUGAAUCGUGAGAAAGAUGAUGGCAUAGGAUUGCAAAUUUCAGCAGUAACUGGUGGAGACGAAUUGAUGGAGGUUGGUAAUGAGGAUAAGAACUCUGAGAAAAAGUCUGCUGAUGUGGAAACAGACAUGAAAGAGGGGUUUGUGGAAGAGGCGAAUGAUGAUGUAGUUGCCAUGGAUACUGAAGAUUCUGUUGGUUUACCAACAAUGGUGAUUUCUGAACCAAGGACAAUACCUGAAGAAAACAUGGAGGGCAUGAAUGUGGAAGGGGAGACAACUGAGAAGAGAGAGACUGAAAGUACUUCCAAAACGGAGGUGAAUGAAAAAGCAGAAGGAGACAAAAAGAUGAGUGAGAAUGGUGAUGUUGAAUCUUCAUCAACAAGCAAGGUGGAAAACCUGAUCUCUGAGAAUGACAACGCCGGGUUUAAGAUUGUUUCUGUCUCCGAGGCCAAAGAUGCCCGUGAAGAAAUAACCAUUGAAGAUGAUUCAGAGAAGAAGGAGAAUUCCAGUGAAAAAUCCACAGAAGACGGCAGAGAUUCCGGGCCAAAGAUUUUAACAACCACAUCCCUGAGUGAAACCCCACAGAGAGUGACUCGCAGCCAGUCAGGGAGCAGGACAACAACACCUAAAGCUGACACUCCCACUCAGCAGAAAGCAGAGUCAACCCCACAGGUGGCUAAAACAUCCCAGAGAUGUAUCGUUUGUGGCAAGAAUGGGAAGUGUAAGUACAACAUAGUACGCAAUGGAGAUGUCAAACAUCUGUGCAAUGAUAGAUGUUUUAAGUCUUUCCGAAGCAUGCCGACAAAGUACUUACGAGCUGACAAGAACGUCGCUUCAGUUACAGCGCCACCUGUCCCCGUAUACUCGUCAAACAAUAAGUACAGGACGUGCUGUGUCUGUCAACUGAUGAAUGUCAACCCAAACAAGCCAUAUCUCAACUGGUCGUCCAUGGAUUUUUGUGGAGAGGACUGCCUGAACAAGUACAAGAAACAGAUGAAAUCAACCUGUGGUCAGUGCUUCAAAACCCUGCCCCCAGCCCAGUGGGCAACAUUUUGCCUCAAAGUGGGCAGUGAGGUUAAGCAGUUCUGCAACAGUGACUGCUACCUGACCUUCAAAACCAAAUGCAAAGUCUGCGCCUACUGCAAGAAAGACGCGACCCAGGCGAACGGCAAGUUCAAGAAUUGCUGCAGUGAUGCAUGCUUGAGAAAGUUUGAGAAAGAACAGGAUGCUGAUGUUGAAAUUAUCGGAGUUCAGCCAGGCAGUAAGGAGGUGGCCUGUGCCGUGUGCAUGAAAAUCAGCAAACCCAAACAUGAGCUAACGUUCGAAGGUAAGCUGCAAAAAAUGUGUAGCGAUCCCUGCUACUCAGCAUUCCAGUAUGCCAAUAAACUGACCAGCAACACCUGUGACAACUGCGGUGUGUACUGCUACGGUGAGGGCUCUAGCCCACAGUUCAUCCAAUUCGAGGGACACCAGAAACGUUUUUGUUGUACCAACUGUGUCAAGACAUUCCGCUCUGCCAACAAGAAAAUGGUGCAGUGUGCCUGGUGUGGACUUCGCAAAACCAAUUUUGACAUGAUCGAGAGAGUGGUCGCCAACAACAAAUACCAGCUGUUCUGUUCUCUGAACUGUCUAUCACUGUACAGGGUCAACCUUCAGGCCACGUCCAACCAAUCCGUGACCUGUGAUCAGUGCCGUAAGUUCGUUCCUGCUCAGUAUCACCUGACCAUGAGUGACGCGUCUGUCAGAAACUUCUGCUCUUACAGUUGCGUCAUGACAUUCCAGGGACAGUUUGGGGCGGAGUCUAAACAGGCUCCGCCCAGGAAGAACACUGCUGUGGGACCUAAACCACCCAGUGCAGCAGAUGCACGAGCAUCCCCAAGAGCAGUCACUAAACCCCCUCCAGCCAAUGCAGCUGUUCCUCCAAUCAUGUCCAGCGUAACAACUUUUACUCCCAAAACAGUAAACAACAGUAGCCAGUCUAGGACACAGACUGUAAACAUCAAAUCUCCAGGACAGAUGCCCCUUGUCAUCAAUGCUCAGUCACAAGGGGUUAAGACAACAAGCAACCAGCAGCAGAUUAUCAUACAGCCUCCACCCCCUAAGCAGGUGAAGAAUAAGUCGCUGUUAUGUAAACCUUAUGUGCAGACAAAGGCUACUUCAUGUCGCCCCAGCACCCAGACUAAAGAGACACAGACAGAUGAAGACACAGGGAAGCCAGUGCUAAUCCCUGUUCCUGUGCCGAUCUACAUCCCCACCCCUAUGGCCAUGUACAUGCCCCACCCUGUGCCAGUGCCCAUUCCUGUCCCUAUACCCAUACCGUGCUUCAUCCCAACUACAAAGAAGUCCUCAGCUAGCAUUCUCAAACACAUAAAGGAGAUACUUGAGAAAAUCCCCGCAGAUCCAUUUGAAGCAGAGUUGUUAAGGAUGGCAGAAGCAGUGGCCACUGCUGAGAAGGGCUCGGAUGACGAAAGCGGGAAGAGUGAUGACGAUAUGGCAGUCGAUGGUGCGGUUGACGGUGAGGAGCCAGUUGAUGUAAAGUCCGGUACAACAGAGACCGAGGAAGACAUGCUGCAGAUGGCCCUAAGGAUGGCCACUGAAAUGUCGGAGCCUGCCGAUUUGGAGUCGCUAGUUGACCCGCUGCCCGUGAACUCUAACCCUGAAGUUGCUGCUCCUGAGCUUCCUGCGGCAGAUGACAUGGAACAGCUUCUGUCUCCACGGGAACGGCGUGCUCGCAAUCGUAAAACAUCCACCAAGCGCUCCUCUUCUUCAAAAGGUGUGCGCCGCAGCAAGCGCCAACGAGUGGAGUCUGACUCGGAGACGGUUUUAGAGGUGCAGGAAGAAGCACCUCUGGAAGUUCCAGUGCAGAAGGGUGUUGCACCGGAUGCCAACUUUCUGCUGAAGUACAUGUACGGAGUAAACGCAUGGAAACACUGGGUGGUGCAGAAGAACAGCCAGCUGGAGAAGGUGAUGAAGCAAGGCUCUGGGAGAGUUAAGCUCUUCAAGACGGAACUGCUCCAGUGCACUGCUGAUGAGCUCAACUACUCCCUGUGUCUCUUUGUCAAGGAGGUGCGCAAACCCAAUGGGGACGAAUAUGCAGCAGACAGCAUCUUAUACCUCUGCCUAGGUAUUCAGAACUAUCUGUUUGAGAAUGGUCGCAUUGACAACAUCUUCACAGAUAUUUACUACGAGAAGUUUACGGAGUGCCUGAAUGAAGUUGUACAGCGGUUCAAACCAAAACUCAACUCAGCAGGUCAGCUGGUUUGCCGUAUAGAAGAGGAGCACCUAUGGGAAUGUAAACAGCUGGGCGCCCACUCUCCACACGUCCUCCUCAACACCCUCGUCUAUUUCAACACCAAGUACUUCAAACUGAGGACUCCCCAGGAUCACAUGAAGCUCUCCUUCAGUCAUAUCAUGAAACAUUGGAAGAAAAACCCUGGAGCACCCCAGAUCCAAGGGGCUAAGUCCACAGUAGGGAGAAGUGUGUACCUUCGAUAUUACGCGGGAACGCCCAGCAAACCAGCCCAAGACAAAGACAAAAAGAAGAAAGAAGAACAUCCAAUAAUGGAACAGGCAGAAAAUCUGGAUAACCCAUUGAGGUGUCCUGUCAAGCUGUAUGAAUUCUAUCUGUCAAAGUGCUCCUACUUUUCCAGUCCUGAAUCUCUGAAGACGAGGAGUGAUAUAUUUUACUUGGUCCCGGAGAGGUCCUGUGUCCCUGAUUCACCAGUUUGGUACUCCACUCAGCCAAUGACAAUAGAGCCUAUGGCCAAGAUGUUAAACCGCAUCCACCUGGUGAAGGAAGUGCAAGAAGCUUACGCCAAUGUUUACUAGUGUUACUUCCCUUUGAUAUGUAUCGUUAUGACUUUUUUAGGUUCUGCGUUCCUGAUUCGCCAGUUUGGUAUUACACACAGCCAGUAACAGUAUGGCUAAAAUAAUUACCCAGGAUCCAUCUAUUGAAGGAAGUCUAGGAAGCUUGCACAAAUGUAUCUUAGUGUUUUUUCCCCCCCUCAUUUUGUUCCAUUGUAACUUGCGUCCACAGUAUUUCACAAUAACGGCAUACAAACAGGGAGUUGAAUGUUUCUAGCUUUCUGUGGUACAUGAAUCAAAUUUAAUGAGACCUUCAUGAGAGAUGACAUCACUGCCAAGAAGAAACCAUAGUCUGUCUGCAUAUUAUUUGUAGCUAGAAUGGUAUUACAGUUUUAAGUGCAACUUUUAUACUUUUAUUUAGGCUGAUCUGUUUUACAGUUUGCUCUUAAGAAGUUAUCAACAGAGUUUAGUUCUGUGACUCCUGAUCAUACCGCAGUGGAUUUCUGAUUGGACUCGUGUUGUCUUGUGUGUUCCAUCCGUUACUGAAAUAUCUUCAUAACCAAUAACUUUUAACAAAACUACUGUUACAUUUUAUGAAACUCCAUACAUGCAAUCAUUUUCGGAUCCUCCAGACAAGAUUACAUUGUGGUCAAUGCCUAUGAUCUUUCACCUAUUUUCCCAGGUAAUGAACUCAUUAGCUAGUUAGUCAAGUUUUCAUAACUGCAUGCUGGACAAUAGUAUAUCUGAACUUUAUGAUUGGGGUGCCAUAUCAACAUGACCUGAUUUUUGUUUUG